GGUGCUCCGCAGCUGUCCGCUGACCUGCAGAGCCCGCGGGCCGUCUCGGCCCCCCGCGACCCCCCGACAUGGUGCGCGCGGGCCCCGUGGGCGCGCGCCUUACCUCGUCCGGCUUGGACAUAUUCGGGGACCUGAGGAAGAUGAACAAGCGCCAGCUCUAUUACCAGGUCCUGAACUUCGCCAUGAUCGUGUCGUCCGCUCUCAUGAUCUGGAAAGGCUUGAUCGUGCUCACAGGCAGCGAGAGCCCCAUUGUCGUCGUGCUGAGUGGCAGCAUGGAGCCAGCUUUCCAUCGAGGCGACCUUCUGUUCCUGACCAACUUCCGCGAAGACCCCAUUAGAGCUGGUGAAAUAGUUGUCUUUAAAGUGGAAGGGCGCGACAUUCCCAUAGUGCACAGAGUAAUCAAAGUCCAUGAGAAAGACAAUGGAGACAUCAAGUUCCUGACGAAAGGCGACAAUAAUGAGGUUGAUGACAGAGGCUUAUACAAAGAAGGCCAGAACUGGCUCGAGAAGAAGGACGUGGUGGGACGUGCACGCGGGUUUUUGCCAUAUGUUGGUAUGGUUACCAUAAUAAUGAAUGACUACCCCAAAUUCAAGUAUGCACUUCUGGCUGUGAUGGGUGCGUACGUGUUACUCAAACGUGAAUCCUAGUGGGAGAAGCAGUUCCUGCCACCAGAUUGAGGUGAAUUCUGUUGAAAAGAGAAAAGUUAAUAUAUUUGAAAUGUUCUACUUUCUGUAUAAAAGGACAUGGCUACAGAGACGUUUUCGUCUUGUUCAAAUAAAUGAUUCAUCAGUAAA